AUGGCGAAUCUUUACACCCAAGCACAAAAUUUAAAUUAUUACCUUUUUGAUGUAGAAUAUUGUGGCCGACUUUUUCGUGUUCCAAUUACCAGCAAGGAAUUCGAAACUCGCAUCAAACAAGAUGCCACGUUAAGGUUGGAAUUUGUUAAAAAGGUGCAAGCUAAGAUUGCAGAAAAUGAUCCCAAAUUUCUCAGUUUUGAAAUAAUUAGGGAAGGAGAAGCCACUAAGCUGAAAUUAGUCCCAUCAACUUCUGGAAGUAAUCGUGCUCUCUCACCAAUGCCAAAAGCUGCCCAAGCCAACAAUCAUAUCGACAAGAAAAGGAGUGCAAUACCAAGAAACAAUUUAUUGCCGAUUGCUAUAAGGACUGAGGCCCCUGUCAACGAAGAGAUCAAUGGUCAAUCAAAUUCAGGUGCAGCAGCUGUUGCUGGUACUGCUGGUGCUGGGGUUCAGCGAUGGACUUUUGAUGAAGUCAGUACCUUACUAGAAUGUUAUGCAAUUUAUGAGCCUCGUUUCUCCAAGAAGAUGGAAAGAACAGCCACGUUGUGGGAAAAGGUCAAUAAAGAAAUGGAAAAGAGAGGAGUGAAGACUACAGCUGAAAGAUGCAGUGUUAAAUUUGCAGCAAUGAAGAAGAGAUUCAACGAGCUAAAUGAUCAGAAUGUCGACGGUGAAAAGGGCCGAAGGGUUCAGUGGCCGUUUUUCUCUAAGAUGAAUGAACUUCUAGGAUUGUCGGAUGCCUCAACGCUCAAACACGUGCAUGGCGUAGGCGCUGACUCCUCCAAAAUGCGGGAUGAUGACUCCAAUCCGUCUACUCCUCCACCACCCAAGAAGUCCAGAGCCAGGAAUAAUAGAAUUACCCAUCCGGAAUCAAUAUCCCGUUUAAUUGAAAUUGAAAUGGACCGUUCAUCGAUGGACCAGGAAUUCUUAAAGGAAAUAAGAGCCAGUAAUGCUGCUAGUUUAACGAAAACUGAGGCUAUCGUAUCAGCGUCGAAGGCCUUCGAGAACCUAGCUAAUGGGAUGUUAAACAAAUUCCAAAAUAUGCAAGGCGUUGUUUCUUCAGAAAUGAGCGUAAUACAUCAGUCAGAAGAGGUCGACUAAUGGCAGAACACAUUGAAGAAGAUGAAUUGUGAACGAAUGAACCUCAAAACUUGUCAGAGUGCACUACCACCCCGUUUCCUUUUGUAAUCCACAUUUCCAAAGAAUUCACCAUUGUUUUAUUUCGGUUAUAUCCCCAAUUUGUACCUGAUCUCAUUGUGCAGCAGUAAAUAAAUCUUUUUUUUGUUACCAUGGGAUCUAACGGUUUAUGUUUCUGUGUGUCAAGCACAAUGUUGUUUAUGUCCAUGUAUUAAACCAUAAAAAUUCGUGUGUUGAAACCAAACAAAAUGAAAUGAAUAGGCAAAUACGAAAGCUCUUUCAAAUAUUA